GCACUUCCUAACCAUAAGUUUUGUAUGUAGCUGUUAACUUUUGCAGUACAGCAGUAAUGCAAUGUGUAUUUAUAUAAAAUGUUACUGUUCAACCGGUAUGUGCAGCUGCAUGUUUUUUAACGCUGGGUAAUAUUUUUACUAGAAACUUUGGAAUUAAGGUAUCGUUCAUCAUUUUAUCGUGCAUAAUUUUGCUCUGGUGAGCGAAAAUGCCGGCAGCCAGCUUUAAACUUGGACUGUGGGAGAGUCUGAGGAACGCAACAGAUUUCAUGAAGCACUUUUAUCCAGCUUGGGAAGUGGCAAAAUUGCUUGACUUUUCUUAAAAAAGCGAUAAACACAGCCUCGAAUGUGCACCACCAUUGACUACGCGUCACUAGUUCACUUGGUUUUUACUUCUGUGUGUGCUCACUGCUUACUACGGUUUUAAUUCGAUAUUUCACAGGAACUUCGGGAAUAGAUUCGAUACUGGUAAUUACCGUGAUGCGGCAACUCAAACGUUGCAGUGGAACGCCCCGCAUGACGAGAAACGAUUGAAGAGCACUCUGUGUUGUUCUGUUUGUUUGGACAUCUUCCUGGAUCCUGUGACCUUGGGUUGUGGUCACUCCUUCUGUUUGAUCUGUACAGCCAAAACCUGGCAGCACAGAAGUCGAGAAGCCAAAUCAAUUGUUUGUCCUUGUUGUAGACACGAGCAAACCGAAUUCGCAGUGAUCAAUCGUUUGCUGCGAGAAGUUGUGCAAAUCUGUUACCCAAUGGAAGAAACCCAUCGUAGACUAAGUCUAAGCAACGAUGAUCUACAUAUAAUAAAUGUCACUACUAAGCGGUGGCAGGAAUACAUCAACACAUCACGCAAAUAUCACGGCCGGAUUAAAGCCUUCCGAAUAUGGGGACAAUGGAUGUUACAGGAUCCCUUCGUAGGACUGACCUUGUGGUUCGCGGCGUUAGUGCUGCUUAUCUUGGCGACUAACUAACUCAAAUUGACCUUUUGUGCAAAAGCGAGAGAAUUGUACUUAGACUGUAUAUAUGGAAAUAAAAUUCUGUAAUUUUGUUUCGAUAAUUGUAUCACGUCGCUCACUAAAGUAUAUUAUGCGAUAGGUCAACUGUUUAAUACUUGCACGCAUGUGUAUAAAAAUUGUAAGAAACGAUAGUAUUUUUAUAGUCCUGCAUACCUAUGUAAAUUAUUGUACAAUAAUUGUACGAUCAUAUAGUCCAUACAGCCAUGCUUUUGACAUAUGGAUGCUACGAUACAGUACUAUAUACCAGUUGCAAGUCGAGCAAUUAAAGAUGCGGCCGAAACGCUCGUAGAAACGACAAAUGUCUUGCGCAUCUAAUUGGCAUCCAUUACGUACACUGAAUCGCACUGCCGUGCAGUAUCUUCAUCCAAAUAAGAUUUAAGCAUGUGUAUGUUUUUACUUUACUAAACUAAUGACUUGAAUAGUUUUUGCGCCACUUAAUUGCUGCUUAUCGUAAGGGUGUUGGUAAUGUUGGCUAACUUUCUACGUGCAACAAUUGUCAAGGUAAUAAUCAGCGCCGCAGCCGGUCACACCGAUCGCAACACACGCUGACCGCGCCACGUUCUGAUUCCGGCGCGCGUCCACGGAUAAUGUUGUUUUAUUUAUUAGAGUUUUAAAACUUGUAUUACUUUUAGCUGCAAGAAGUAAUUAGCAGCAAUAAUAAUUAAUUGUGGAAGUGUUGCUGAUGCACUGUUUGGCAGUAUGAUACUGCAGCUAGAACCCAGUUUUACAUAGUUUCGCGCCAAAUGCAUGACGUAAAUGUUCGUGAAUGCAAAGCUUGUAUAAGUGGCAGAUAUCGCUGGAUUACGUGAUCCCGCUAUGAGAGCAAUUAAUUUGCCUCUCAACACUGCUAAACAAAGUCGUACCACCCGACUAAUUUAUUUAAACCUCAGUGUCUAAAGUUUCGAUGUGAUGUUACCGAAUGUGAAUUUCUCCGACGCGCAACGGUCGUCCUGGUGGAAAUGAGAUCGUGAGGAAUACAUUUGUAUAUUAUGGACACAUCGCGGGAUCAACAAGUGUUUUCGGGGGACUAUUGCAAUCUUUACGGACAUAAAUGGAUAACAAUAUAACAAAAUAUAUAGUCGCUUGCUGAUGAAUAUUGCGCAAUAAUAAGGAGGGUGAUCUGAUAUGAAUGGAAAGCGUGCAUUAUGCUGGUCCUGUUACGAUGGGGGCAGCCACAGUCAAUCCCGCUUUUGAUUCCGAAAAGACAGCUGCAGCAGGUAUGCAUGUUUACAGUAUUAGCACUCCGUCUACGCUCGGAGAUUCUUCGCCCUCCAGCAGCGCUCAAUCGGAAAGGUCAUCGCCUGCAUGCACUCAAGGUUGGCCGAAAUUAGCACUAGAUGAUCGGACUUAUCGGAUUGGGAAACUACUAGGGACAUAUCCAUAUUUGGCCAUGAUUAUCGCCAUCUCGGUGGUGGGCACCGGUUCCAUGGGAUUUCUCAACUUUCACCUGGAAUCUCGGCCCGAAGAACUGUGGACAGAUCACUCAUCAGCGGCGUAUAUGGCAAAGCGGACUGCUUUGACCUUUCCCGUCAGUGAUCGCAUUCAGCUCACUAUUCUCAUCACAGCGCCCAACAUUCUGACCUCGGAUAUUGCCAAACUGAUGCAGCAAAUUGAUGACACGAUCGAACAUUUCAACGCGCGCGGCAAAUCUUGGAGUGAUCUAUGCUACCGGAAAAAUCAAGACUGCCAAAACUUCUCGAUUUUGAAUAUCCUCAGCAAAAGCACCAUGGAAAAAUACAGUACGGAUUAUAUUCUUUCCGUGAUCAAUCAACCCGGGAAAAGAAAACUUACUUUGCUCCCUCCGUAUUUUAUUUCCCCCGAAGAUGUCCUGUCUGGCAUAAGUACCAACAAUUCCGGCCAUGUUGUUGCUGCGCGCGCCACUCGCAUGGUGUAUUUCAUCCAGAAACAAGAGCCAGACAAAAUCACACGGGAAAAGCCGAUAGAACCAGAGGAGAUGCUGCGAGACAUCAUUGUUCGAAUCUUCGGACAAGGAUUUGGCCUGAGCGGGACAUCGGUCACCGCUUCGAUAACUUACGCAGAUGGGGAUACGAUGCACUCUGCCGCUUUUGUACCGUUCGAUUACUUUCCCAGCCUGAUUUACGCCUGCAUUGCCUAUUUGCUGUUGAUAUUCCUGGCGACCGGUGCAUACAGUGUAACACGGCAUGGAUUUUGGCUAGCGAUCUGCGGUCUGCUGAGUGUUGUACUAGCGAUGGCUUUCGGAUUCGGAAUCGCUUCCGCUGUGGGAUCACCGUUUACUCCCAUUCAUUUUAUUUUACCUGUUCUUAUACUGGGAAUGUCCAUAUUCGGUUUCCUGGCUAUGGAAGUUGAACUCCGUGCCAUUUCCGACACCCGUCCAAGUUUGUCCGGAAGCGAAAAGAUGGGUGUCACGAUGCAGAGGAGUUUCGCCACACUUCUACUGUGCCUGCUUUCCAAUGUGCUAGUGUUUGCUGUGGGAAUAGGUUCGAGACUGCCGGCCGUAAGGUCAUUUUGCGUUUACGGCGUAACAUCAGCGGUGGGAAUUUUCAUCUGUCAGAUAUUGUUCUUAUUCGGCUGCUUGGCCGCAUGGCAGCGUACGUACGAGAAUUCGGCCAAUGCCUGGAUCUGCUGUCUGAAAAAGAGCGCUAGAUCCGAAGAAAAAGCGUACAGUUUAUAUGCUUUCUUGAAGCCGGGCUUCGGGUUUCUCGCUUCCAAUUUAGCCGACAAUAUCGGCAAAGGCAUUGUUUUGCUGGGAAUUGCGGUGUUGACUGGCGUUUGCAUCUAUUUCCUGUUUUCACUCCGCAUAAUGUUUGACCUGGGACGGUUUGAGACCAAAAACGAAGCGGAAGUGCUGUUCCCGGACGACAGUAGUUAUUUCCAUUCGAUAGAUAAUACUAUGGCUUGCGUUUAUUUGAGCAAUAUUCCUUAUCAUCAGCGACAAUCCGAAUUGAGGACCUUUCAGAGUUACCUUAAGGAGCAUGCUGUUAUACGGCCACGAAGCGUUUCCAGCUGGUUGGAUUAUUUCGACGGCUGGAAACAGGAUGAACAAAGGUCACAGGAAAAUACGGCAUCAGGUUUCUUAACGCUAAGAUCGGACAAGGCUGCUUACUAUCAAGAUGUAUUCCAGUUUGUGUUCGACAGGAAGUUCCAAGAGGAUGUUCUGUUGAUCAGAAAAAGUGACGAUCAAAUAGAAAUUCAGUCAGCAAGAAUUUGCUUCCGCUUUCGCGCUGGUCUGUCGACUGAAAACUAUUCUUCGGCUGUGGAUAAUAUCAGGAAUGUUGCGAGUGACUUGCAACUGGGCAGCGCCCUGGUGGACUGCAAAAUGUUACUGGAAGUAUCCGUGCAGAAAACUGUGAUGGGGGAAUUCUGGGUUAUGUUUGGAGUGUAUUUUGCUGUUCUACUUAUUAUCUCGGCGCUGGUUAUACAAACUAUUAUUUCGGCGCUGGUGAUUUUUAUCAGCUAUGCUUUAAUCGCGAUCCAGGCAGUUGGCUUACUAGCUAGCCAACCGGAAGUAACGAUGGAUAGCCUUUUAUUGAUUGUACUGUUUUGUAUCCUCGCCAUUGUGUGCCAAAUAGUCUAUUAUACUGCAGCCAAAUUCGUUCAGUUUUCAGCGCAACGUAAACGCAAAGCUCGUCUCAAAGCCACAAUGAUCUCCUCGGGGCCAGCAUGUCUGGCGUGUGGAUUAUGUGCCAUAGGCAUUUUUGUGCCAUUUUUUGCAAGUUCGGUGGAAGUAUUUAGAGAUCUCCUUAAGGUUGCUUACACAAGUGUACCGGUCGGCCUGGUGCACGCAUUCCUCUUCGUGCCCGUGGCACUGAGCGCCGCUACACCGGAAUCCCUGACAUCGUACACGAUGCGGCUGCGUCGCCGGCUGCGCCGGAAACCAGCCCAAUUAUCCCACGAUUCCCUGCAUUACGACGGCGGAAGUGGUAGUGGCGCCGCGCAGCCAGCGGCGGUGAAUCCGGAACCGCCUAACGAUCAAGUGCACUUUGUGGCCCGCCACAAUCCACCCGUGCUGCCUAACACGUCCAGCACGCUCACCGCCGGCAGCGUCAACAGUGUCAGACUGCACUAUAAAAAUGCCGAACUGCGAGCGGUUCUGGAGAGUCUGCCCAGUGUGGAGCGGGAAUCGGUUGGCGAAGGAGGAGACGCCGGUGUGAGGCCGCAAAAUGCCGGUUCGGUCAAUGAUUCCGACGAUUCACUGGCACACGUGGAAAUACCCAGUGGACCAGAGGAUGGCGAAGGCAGACGGUGACCGGCGAUGUCUUUUACAUCUUCUCUAAAUCACCCAACACAGACCUUUUUUAAAUGAUUAUGUAAUAUCGUUUGUCUUAAAGACAUAAAAUAUCUUGACAUAAAAAAAUUUAUAAGCAGACACAACCGUAUAGUGCAUCCUUUUGAUUUAGCUGCAAGGUGUACAAUUUGUACACAUUCCUUCCUACAUCCCGAACAGAUGCUGAUGUGAAGUUGUAGCGUAAAUAAAUUCAUUUAAAAUAUUUUAUGCCAAAUUGCAAUGAUACAUACGAAUAGAAUCAAUAGUUCUGUUGCAAACCAAAAGUUUAUAUCUUCGUCUUACUUAAAUUGAUGUCACUAUAAAUUCUGGUUGUGACCUGCAGCUAAACACUUGUUUAUUAUCGGUGUAAAGAUGCUGAUAGUUUUAGAUUUUUUAUACACCCUAGAUUUUUUUCAGUACAAAUGUUUGAUUUGCCUGAUUAAA